AUGAAAUGCAAUAUUCGAGAGCUGUCUCUUUUAAGUGACAGACCUUGUGUUAUGGAAGGAAGACUAAAUUAUAAAAAAGUUACAGGCAAUUACCGAAAUCAGACAGUUUUCAAAGAACGGUGGUUUAGAUUAAUAAAUAAUUACUUAUUUUAUUUCAAAAUAAGUGAAAUGGGGAAAUUUGACACCAAACAGCCAGCUGGUGUAUUUGUUAUGGAAAAUUCUUCGGUACAAAUGGAACAUGGUCACCAUAUUUCUUUUUCUUUCUCCAUUUCCUUUAUAGAUGAACCUGAAAAACGGCAUAUAUUUGCUGCUCGAAGUGAAGAUAAUGUGGUACAAUGGGUUUUGAAGCUAAGACAGUCUUCAUAUGAGUACUUAAGAAACCAAUUGCAUGCCCUUCAGUCUAAGAUAUACUCCAUUACUGGCAAGGACCCAUUGCUGCUGGUACCACGUAAUGAUGGUGCAUGUUUGUGGGCACCAUCUAUACCCUUUUCAACAGCUCCAGCAUGCACAGUCAACACAAGCUCAUUCAGCUGUCACCUCCACACCAAUGGAGCCUUUACACUUGAGAGGAGCAAGUCAGAUGUUCAGGCUCACAAACACUUGAGGUCAGAAUAUCAGAACACAACUACAUUUUACACUGACAACAUAAGUAAGGAAGAAAACCAAGGCUAUGCAUUGGAAAAAAGUAAGACAUCAGUCUUAACAGCUAGUUUGAAUCCUAUAGAUAUAUCUAUUUUUGACAAUAGACCCUUAUAUUCAAGAGCUGCUCCUAGCCCACCUGUAAGAACAAAGUUGUCACCAAACACCAAACGUGUUGAAGCAAGUAAAGACUUCAAAAUGUUUUCAGAGCAAGGAAAGACUUUAGCUCAGAGUAGCAUUUUAGAUCCUGCUCCUAUUCCUCCUAGAAGAAAAAUAUUACCUAAACAAUCUAAUACAAAUUCAGGAAGUAAUACAAAUAGCAACAGUAGAGACUCUUUAGAUAUAUCAAAUGAAGAUUUAAUUAAAUUGUGA